AUGUCCGACCUCAAGAAGCCUCAACUGGUGGCCGCUUUGGUUGCAGCCGGCGAGAACCCGCCGAAGUCCUGGACCACAGUGGAACUCCGGUGCCGCCUGGCCGAAGUGACAGGCGAGGACCUGAGCAAGACCAGCCGCCAGCUGGGAAUGAACGACGAGUCCGAGUACAACCAGCUUAUGAAGGAGAUGCGACAAGCCGCCAACAAGCGCAAGUCCGAACUUCAGCGCUUCGUCACCGAUCGGCUCCGCCUGACCAACGUGGAGAGCUACACGGUGGCGCGCUUGGAGAUGGUGGCCGUGCAGCGCAUCCUGGAGAUCACCAAUCCCCAUGCGAAGGACCCUGUGGGCUUCGGGAAGCAUGCCGACAAGAGCUACCUCGAGGCAUUGCAGGCCGAUGCUCAGUACUGCACAUGGGUGCAGCAGACAGCCAAGGGCGAGGUUUGCGACCCUCGGUUGAUGAGGUUUGCCAAGUGGCUGGACGCCAGGACCAAUGCCGAGAUGAUUCCCGCCAACCGCGAGCUCAAGGAAGUGAUGGCGAAGCCGGCCAUGUGGACCAAGGGCUACCCGAAGGCGGCGACCAAACCGGCUGCCACGAAGGAGCCACUCGGGACCGAGAGUGCUUCUUCUACCGGGAGCCAGACGAGUCAGCUGGAGGCCAAAAUGGAGACGAUGAUGAACAUGAUGAUGCAGCUCCAGACCGAGGUUUCCAACAUCAAGGACGAGAAGUUGCCUCGCAAGAAAGGAGGCAAGAAAGGACGGGGCCACGAGGACGAGACCCAGGAGACCACGGAACAGAUCCCUCAGCCCGACGGCGAGCUGUGA